UUCGUUCGAACGAAACGAUGAUAUAUAAUCCUCAACGCUUCUACACAUAUUAGUGCAUUGCAUUCUCCGAUCGAGCAUAAUCGUUCGCCGACAUGAGCGCUGCUCCCAUCGUCCAAGUUAAAGAAGGAAAGUUGAAGGGUUUUAUUGCAAAAAAUCAUGACGGAGGUGAAUAUUUUGCAUUUCGUGGGAUUCCGUUUGCCGAACCACCGAUCGGUCAAUUAAGAUUCAAGGAUCCGAAAAAACCAAAGCCAUGGAGUGGAAUAAGAGAUGCUCGCGAGUCUGGUAGAAAAUCGCUUCAAUACGAUGCGAUUUUGGGUGGUGGGAAUACAGGAGACGAAGAUUGCCUGUAUUUGGAUGUGGCGACAGCUUCGUUGAGCGGGAAAAAGCCAGUAAUGGUUUGGAUUCAUGGGGGUGGUUUUGUUCUGGGUGGACCCCAUACCGAUGUCUAUGGACCGGAUUAUUUGAUCAAACACGACAUUGUCUACGUCGCAAUUGCAUAUCGACUGGGUUGUCUCGGUUUUCUCAACUUGGACCUACCAGAGGCUUCUGGUAAUCAAGGUUUGAAGGACCAAGUUGCAGCAUUGAAAUGGGUUAAAGAAAAUAUUGAAGCGUUUGGCGGAGAUGCGGGUAACAUAACGAUUUUUGGAGAAAGCGCUGGAUCCGCGAGCGUUCAUUAUCUCACGUUAUCGCCUCUGGCCAAAGGACUAUUCCACAAAGCGAUAGCUCAAAGCGGGAUGUGCGCGAAUCCUUGGGCUUUUGAAGAAAAACCAGGAAAUUAUGCUUUUCGUUUGAUUGAAUGUAUUGGAAAAAAGGCUAAGGAUUCUAAGGACGCUUUGAAAAUUUUGAUGAAUGCAUCGAGCACCGAAUUGAUCGAAGGACAAAAAAAAAUGGGGAUCGGAGAAAUAAAUUUGGACAUAUCUUUCAAUUUUGUGCCAAGCCUCGACACGAAAAGUUCCGAACCUUUUAUGCUCCAACAUCCCCGUGAAUUAUUUAAAAAAGUAGUCGAUGUUCCUCUCAUUUUGGGUUAUACCAGCGACGAAGGAAUUCUAGCGUUAUCGGCCCCUAAUGUCGGCAAUUUAUUGGCAGAAGCCAAAUUGAAUUUCAUCAACACUCUCGCUCAUGACUUAAAGUCCUGGCCACUCGGAGAUAUCGAAAAAAUCGCUGAUUCGGUGAAAAAAUUUUACUUCGGCGAGAGAGAAAUGAGUCUGAAAAUGGAAAAAAUUCAGUGGAGCAAACUCAAAGGCGAUACUCUAUUUAUCAAUGAGAUACAACAAGUCGCUGAUCUGCAGAUGGACAAAUCGACAUCUACGUAUUUGUACAAAUUUUCUUACAGACCUGAAUAUCCCACUUAUGGCAAAUUCAUGAAAACCGAUCUCGAAGGUGCUUGUCACGGGGACGAUAUCGGAGCACUUUUCCAUUCUUCCCUCUUCUCAAAAGAACAAACUUUGAAAAAGGGUACCAGGGACCGAUUGACGAUGGAAAGAAUGACUCAAAUGUGGACAAAUUUUGCGAAAACUGGAAACCCAACACCCGAAACUGAUACGGAAAUAACGCACAAAUGGGAACCGUUGAAGAAAGGAGAAAAAAAUUAUCUCGAAAUCAACGACGAUUUAGUACCGGGGCAAAAUCCUGAUGAAAAAUCGUGGAAUUUUUGGAAAAAUAUUCUCAAAAAACUCGAACGCAAUUGAAUACUUUGCGACUCGACGGGAUUAAGUAUUUCCAAGCACUAUUAUAUACUCUAUGAUAAAAAAUUAAAAAACAAUUUUCUGACAAAUAAAUAACGGCGAAUGUUUUCGAGAA